AUGAGGACCGUCUCCCUCAGCGCCGCGGCGACACUCAACAACGCAGGCCUCGUCCGGUCGCUCGAGCUGGCCUCCGCGCCGCCGCUGCCGGCUGCCAGCGAUGAUCUGUCAACCGUCUUCUACGUCACGAUGCUCAAGAGCGUCCUUGCGACGGCCGUCUUCAGCCAGCGGGCGUCGUGGGCUCCCUUCCUCUACCUGAUGCUGCUGCUGAGCCGCAGUUCUCCGGCGGUGCACGCGGUCGGCGCAGUGCUGGUCGGCGUCACCGCGCUCGUCAUCCCGGCCGUACUGCAUGAGCCGCUCGACUCACAGCUGUUUGCCUGCCACGUCCUCGUCCUCCUCGCGAGCAGCACCGUCCUCAUCCUCGAGGCCGCGUCGGGCAAGCUCCUCUCCACCCUCCGCCGCGCCUGCCAGCUCUGGUCGCCGUGGACCCGAGGACCGCCCGUGACCCGAGCCCGCCCUCCGCGAGCAGCUCUGGUCGCUGCGGCGGCGGCGGCCGCGCUGCACCCGAGCGCGCUGGCGCUGCCUCUGCUGUGCGCCGGGCUGGGCUGCCUGCUCACGCUCCCGUCUGCCGCCGCCGCCGCCAUCAGCCGCGCCGCCGCCGCUGCCGCUGGAACCACCGGCGGCGGCGGGAUGCGCACGACAGCAGCACCUCGGACGUGCUGUGUGCGGCUCCCGCUGCGAGGGCUCCUGGCCUGGUACGCAGUCCACCUCGCCCUGCCUCCUCCGCCGCCGGCACCGCCGCCGCCGCCCUCGCCACCGACGCCGCCGCCCGCGCCGCCGCCGCCCUCGUCGCUGCCGAAGGCGGCCGCGCCGACGAGGCCACCCCCCUCCUCGCCGCCUCCCGGGUCGGCUCGGGAGCGCCUCUCGUUCGCGGAGGUCGAGGCGGGCGAGGCGGGCGAGGAGAGCUCGGCGGAUACCCCCCACGCGGCGCUCGUGCCCCACCCACUCCCCUCCCCGCCCCUCCUCUCGCCAGCCGCGUCGCCGCUUCCGCCCCUUCCGCCGCCCCUUCCGCCGCCCCUUCCGCCGCCCCUUCCGCCGCCCCUUCCGCCGCCCCUUCCGCCGCCCCUUCCGCCGCCCCUUCCGCCGCCCCUUCCGCCGGCCGACGGCUGCGAUGAGGCGGAGGUGGGGGCAGCGGAGGCGGCAGCGGAGGCGGCAGCGGAGGCGGAGGCGGAGGCGGAGGCGGCAGCGGAGGCGGAGGCGGCGGCGGAGGCGGCGGCGGAGGCGGAGGCGGAGGCCGCCGCCCUCCUCGCCAUCGGAAUCUGGCUGGCGGUCGCGCCCCGGCGGGCGGCGCGGCGGCCGCCGCUGUCGGUCGUGGCGUCGCCGACGAUGACCACGCUGCCGAGCCUGCGAGAGAGCGAGUGGUUCCGCGGGGCGGGCGGCGAGCUUGCGGCCGGGCUGAGGGCGGCCUUCCAAGCGGCCGGUCUCUACGCGGUGGAGCGCUGGCCGGCGGCGGAGAUGGCUGCGGCGGCGGCCGGCACGAUCCAGCUGCUGUGGUCGCUAGUCUCGCCCAGCCUGCCCUCGCUGCUGCUGCUGCUGCUCGCGACUCUCGCGCUGCUCGCGACGCCGUUCUGGCCGCGCGCCGUGGUGGCGUCCAAGCCUUCGCCGCUGUCGCUCCGCCCGCCAGAGGGCGCCUCGGGCAGCAGCUCGGCCGCGCCGCCGCCGCCGCCGCCGACGGCCGCAAGCCCAGCCGGCGUCCGGCGGCGGACGAACCGCCACACAAUGGUCCCAGACGCCGUCGCGCUAGUCACGGGCCCAUCCUUCGCCGCGGCGCUGGAGGACAUCGUCGAGGACACGGCAGAGAUCGCGGCGGCGGCGCCGCGCUGGGUCGCCCUCGUGGCGGACUGGCUGAUGUGGCACUCGGCGUAUGCGCCGCUGCUGCUGCUUGUGCUGGCCGCGUCGGCGCCUUGGGCGACAGCAGGCGUCGCGCACGUGGCGGGCUGGUGGGCGCUUCUCGCGCCCCUGCCGCCGCCCGCCGGCCACGGCCAGCCCCAGCUCGUGUCGGCGCAGCUCUGCUGGCCGUCUCUCCUCCUCCGCGCCUCACGCUGCGUGAGCGCGCUCCUCGGCGCCGUCGCGCCCCUCAACUCGGCCGUCCUCGACGUGGCCUUCGCCGUCGCCGCCGCCCUCGCGCCCGGGGUGCGUCUGAUGGGCGCGGUGUACUUGCUCACGCUGCUCGCGCACCUGCUGCUGCGCAAGCACCGCCCCGCGGGCUGGCACAAUGCGCUGCGGCAGAGCGCCCUCUCGCUCGAGCUGCUCUUCUACGCGCUCAAGCUGCUGCUCGAAGAGGGGUGGAGCGCCGCCACGGGCGUGUCUCUCGCCAACGAGGCGCGCUACCUGCCGGCGCCCGUCCAGCGCUCCUCCCGACCUUCCCUCGCGCCGACAGCGUCGAGCGCCUCCGUCGGCGGCCUCGUCGCCAGCGUCGCGCUCUACGUCUCGUGCGUCUGCGCCGUCUUCACCUCCGCAGAGGCUGACUUGCUGCGCGCGCUGCUGCUGCUCGCCGCCGUCGGCGCGACCUUCUCUCCGUUCGGAUGCCCCUCGAGCCGCUGCCGCCGACCGGCAGCCUGCGCCGCGUCGGGCGACGGGCGUGGCGACGGGCGCCUGCCCCACUCGCGGCUGCUCUGCGGCCUGUGGCUCCCGGUGGGCGUGGUGACGGUGGUGGACCUCGUCUUCACGUACUCGCUCGACCUCGGCUCGCUCGGCCUCGGCCUGCUUGGCUUCCUCAAGGACGGAGACGGCGACGACGGCCGCCGCCGCGCCGCACCCCUCUCCUCCUCCUCCUCCUCUGGCGCGCCGCCGUCCGAGUCUUGGAUCUCCCCCCUCCACGUCGGCGACGGGGCCGCCGAGCUGGCGCCCCUCCGGCCACGCCAGCGCCAGCCGUCCCGCUUUGCGCCGCACCUGCCUCGGCUACCCACGGCGCACUCGCAGCGCUCGCACGGCGGGGGAGGCGCCUAUUCGCCCCUCGACACUUCGGAGGGCGACUCGUCGGUGGAGCCGCCGGCGCGCCGCGAGGAGGGCGGCGGGGGCGGCGGCGGGGUCGGCGGGGGGCGCGGCGCGGGGCGCGGCGGAGCGGAGGGCGGCGGAGCGGAGGGCGGCGGAGCAGGGGGGCGGGAGGGCGGCGAGGGCGGCGCUCCCCUGCCGGGGGUCGGGCUUGGCGUGCUGCUGCCGGGCGGGGAGGAGGAGGGCGGGGCGGAGAGCGGGGCGCGGGCCAAGGCGAGGGCUGCGGUGGCGCUCCUUGCAGCACCCUCGCCCGCGCCCGCCCCCUCGCCCCUCGCGCUGACGCACGCGGCCGCCGCAGUCGUCGGCGCCGCCCGCAUACUCCUGCCGUGGGCGGCGGCCUCCCUUCUCAUCGCCGCCGCCGCCGCCGCCGCCUCGUCCGCUUGGUCGCUCACCCUGCUGACCGCCGCCGCCGCGCUGCGGCUCGGACGGCCAGCGACGGGCGGCGGCGCGGUCGGAUCGAACUGCGCGUGGCGUGCGGCGCGGCUGCUCCUCGCCACUGCGGUGUGCGGCCCGUACCUCGCGGAGCUGUCUCUGCCUCCCUCCGUCUGGUCGGAGCCGCGCAGGCCGUGGGCGUCGUGGGCCGCCGCUUCGGCGCCGGCAGAGGGCCAGUGUCUCGCCAACGCCACCUCCUCCUCGCACGGCGGCGCGCCCUCCCCCCCCUCGGGCGUGGUCUGCUGGCUUGGCGUCGCCGGAGAGCGUCACACCGCCGCCGCGCUGCUCGCGGCGCUCUGCCGCGACUACGGGUUGCCACCGCCUGAGUUCCUCGCGCACCGCCCCCCCCUCACGCGCGCCGCGCGGCUGCUGUGGUCGCUCGGCUGGGGAAGCCGCCCCUCCCUCCUGCUCGGCGGCCCGCUCGGCGGCGCGCUGCUGCCCGUAGCCGCGCUGUUGGGCUCUGUCUGCGCCUUCGCCGCCGCGCCCCCCUCGCUCUUCGCGCUCGCCCUUGGCGCCCUCUCGCUGCGCGGCGUGGUUGUGGCUCCCUCGGUGCGCGCCCUCGGCGCCACCUCUUGGGGCGUGCGCCGCGCCUUCGCGCUGCUCGUCUUGCUACUGCUCUGCGCGUACCAGCUGCCUUGGGCGCCCGUCGAGGGCGACUCGCUCUCCUGGUGUGCCCUCGCCGCAAACACCCUCGGGCUCGUCCGCUUCGACGCCGCCACCGCGUCGCCGCCCUCGCUCGCGUGGAUCGCCGCCGGCUUGUGGGCCGCCUACGACCUGCUCGUGCUGCUGCGCGCGCCGCGCUACGUCGUCGGCGCCGAGGCUGUGCGCGCCGAGUGGCGGCGCGGCACUGCUGAGCGGUGCGCGUCGCUGCGGGCGAGCCGUGCGACGCGGUUGCGCGCGCUGUACGCCACGCGGCAGGCGGUCUGGCUCUCGCUCGAGACUGAGCGGCUCGACACGAUCUGCCGCCGGCUCGAGACAAUCGAGGCGCUCAUCCACGGGCCCACUCUCGGCGCGACGGGGCGCAAGGACGGGCGGGACCAGGGGCUUGCGGCGCGGCUGAGCGGGCUCCCCGGCUGGCUGACUCGCUCCGGCAGCGGCGUGCCGGACAUGGAGAGGGCUGCGCCGAUCGAGCUCGAGCGAGGCGACGAGCUCCGACACGGCGGAGGCGAGUCUCCCACCGGCGCGGGCGCGUUUGGCGGCGGGGCAGGGGCGGCCGCGGUGGGAGCCCUCGCCUCCUCCUCCGCCCCCGCGGCGCUGGCGCGACUCGACCAGCUAGAGAGCGCGAGGAGCGCCGCCACGCUCUCCGAAGAGAGCGCAUUUGCGGCGGAGCCCACUGCCGGCCGCGGCGGCGGCGCCCUCGUCGCCGCAAGCGGCGGCGGCGGCGGCGGCGGCUCUGGCAUCUCGCUGCUGAUUCGCUCCGUCUCGAGUCGCUUCGCGUCCCUCUCCGGCGGCUGGCUCGGCACGAGCCCCGCCGAGGAGGUGGCGGCUGCGGAGGCCGGCGGCGGCGCGGCGUCUUCCGCGCGCUCCUCGCGCCGCCCUGCGCCGGAGCCAUCGCUGCCAGCGCCACGGGAGGCGGCGGCCCAGGCGGAGGAGGAGGCGGCCGCGGCGGCGGCGCUCCUCUCCGAUCCUCCGCAAGAGACACCGCUCCGCCCGCCGCCCAUCCCCGCCGAGCAAGCCGCGCCGCCCGCACCGGCGGGCGGCGGCGCGUCUGAGCCGUCGCAUCGGACGGUGUGGGCGUUGCUGCUGCGCGCGGUCGCAUCCAACACGCAGCCGCUUCUUUGGGCGAGUCUCGUCUACAACCACGCCGCGGACGCGUCCCUGCUCUCGCUGCCGCCCGCCGCGUCCGUCUUUCUGUACGCCGCGCUCGAGGCGCCGCGGCCGGCGCGCGGCUACUCGGCCUGGUUGCUGCGCUACUUUGUGUUCGUGGUGGUGCUCAAGGCGGUGUACCAGCUGCCGCUCGUCUGCGCGUGGCCGAGCUUCAGCUUGCGCACGUCCCUCCCCUGGGAGAGCCCCGCGACCGAAGACCCGCACCUCGCCGUCUGCGUGGAGCCAAACUCGAGGCACGCGCAGGAGCCGCCGACCGAGAUCCUAAAGACGGUGCGGCUCGAGGAGCUGACCAAGUCCUUCCUCUUCCAGCUCGGCUUGCGGAAGCACAGCGGCCCGUACGCCGCUCCGCCUGGCCAGACUUUGCUGGCGGCGCUCACGCCGCCGAUCCUGGCCAUCCUCGCGCUGCUGCUUGACCGAGAGAUCGCCGACGCCACCGCGCGCGCCGCCCCCGACGCUAUCGACGCGGCCAUCGGCGAGGGCGUCGACGACGCGGCGGACGACGCCACCGCCGGCGGCUCCGGUGGCGCUGGCCGCGAGGCGGGGGCGGUGUGGGAGUCGGGGGCGGGGCGGGAGGCGGGGGCGGGGCGGCGCCCAGUGGGCUUGCGUGGAGGGAGUCGUCCCGGGAGAGCGCGGGCAGCGUUGGGCGCGUGCCGCCGGGAGGCGGCGCGCGUCGCUGCGCAGGGAGCUGGCUUUGUGGACCGGCUGGUGACGGCCGACUACGACAAGCCGGGCGCGUCGCUCUACCUGCCGAUGUUCAGCGCGUGCUGCCUCAUCUUCCUCUGGUCGCUGCUCUUCUUCAACGGGCUCGUCGGCUCCACCGGCUACAACGUGCGCUGCCAGGCGCAGCUCGGCGGAGUGACGAUGAACGCGAAGAAUUCCCUCGGCAUGAGCCAGUUCGACGGCGCCACCGUGUACGCCGCGCUCGCCGCCUUCGGCGUCAUCCUCGUCGACCGCGCCAUUUACCGCAUCUGGCUGCCGCCCUCGCCCUCCGAGGUCGCGCCGCGCCGCUCGGGCGCGCUCGCGCUCAAGCUGGCGAUGCACCUGCUGCUGACGGUGCGGCUGCACGCCGCCGUCUUCCUGCCGAACUUGCCCGCGUGGCAGUGCGAGUCGGACUGCACCUCGUCGCGCCAGUCGUGCACGCGCUCGUACCAGCUGCAGGCCUACUACGCCCUCUGCUGCACGUACCUGCUGCUCUCGGCGCGGCAGCUGCGCUGGGGGAUGGAGCUCAUCGUCGUCGAGCACCCGAUGACGGACUCGCUCUCCCUCUUCCGGAUCUACUGUGGCAUCUUCUUCCGCUCCAUCCCCUUUGUGUGGGAGAUCCGCACACUCAUCGACUGGUCUGUCCAGCCGACGGCGCUCACCAUGUUCAUGUGGCUCAAGUGCGAGGACAUCUACUCCGGCCUCGCCUCGGUGCGCGUCGACAUGACGUGGCGGCGCAUGUACGAGCGCGGCGUCGAGAUGCCGCUCUCGAGCAAGCUCUUCUCCGGCGUGACGCCCGUGCUGCUGCUGCUGCUCACCAUCGUCGGCCCGCUCAUCUACUUCUCCGACAUCAACCCGAUCAAGUCGGAGAACUACGUCGAGCGGGCCGAGGCGCACCUCUACCUGCAGGCGGACCAGCCGGCCGGCUUCUCGAGCGAGUACAGCCUCGGCGAGGUGCAGGCAUUCGCCGUGUCGGACCUGCCGCCCGAGGACCAGCUCCGCACAAACACCUUCCACCGCGAGCAGUGCUGCUGCGCGCUCUGCCUGCUCGAGCAAGGCAACGCGAGCGCGCCGGCGCGGGUGCCGAGCGUGGGCGGGGCCGGCUCCUCCUGCCGCCCCAAGGGGUGCGAGUGCGCGGCCUGCGUGCCGUGCCGCGAGUUGGCAGGGUGCGGCCCCAAGGCUGGCGAGCUGGUGCAGGAGCACUGCGGCUACGAGUACCUCUUCUCCGCCUCGUGGGCCACGCAGUACUCGCGGCUCGAGUUCCGGCCAGAGUCGGAGGCGGUCUUCUCCAUGUCCCCCGAGGCGCGCGCCUGGCUCGCCACCGCCGCCUCCGUCUCGCUCGGGCUGCGCAUGACCGUCCACCGCAAGUUCGACCUCUACUCGUCGCCUAUCCAGCUGCAGCAGGCCGUCGAGCUGAACGGGACAGCGCGCGAGCUGCUCAACGAGGCGCUUCGUGACCGCACCAUCUCGCGCGACGUGCCGCUCGAGCCGUUCUACCCAAAGUUCGUCCGGCUGCCGUCGGCGUGCUCCGACCCGACCACGUUCGGGGGCGAGGCGGGCGACGGGCUGCGCAUCGUCGUCGCGACCGACUGGGUCUUCGACUCCAUCGGCUGGAACACGAUGCAGCAGGGCUCGGUCCUCGCCUUUUACGGCCUGAUCGUGUACGGCGUCGGCCGGCUCGUCCGCUCGUACGUCGCGGGGCGCCGGUACGGCAUGGUGCUCGACGAGCUGGUCGACUCGCGCGACAUCCACGAGCUGCUCGACGGGCUGUACAUCGCGCGGCGCAGGCGCGACCUGCUCAAGGAGACGGAGCUGUACGAGGCGACCCUCCGGCUCUACCGCUCGCCAGAGACGCUCCUUCAGCUCACCGGCUCAGACCUGAAGCGCGAGUGA